AUGUUUGUAGAUUCACAAAUAUCUCUUAACGAAGAAUCUUCAGAGAUAAUAGAUAAAAGUUAUUCCUUUCGAAGCGCUUCGGAGGAGAGUUUCUCAUGUGACGAUGAAGACGAAUGCUUAGCACGGGAGCUGAUGCACAAAAUGACCCCAGCGGUCCUCAGCAAGUUGAGACGUAGCUUCAAGAAGAAUCGAGAUAAGAAUCACACGAACGAUAUAGACAGAAGGGUAGAGCAAGUGAUGCGCGCGGCGGCUGCAGAGGAAGGAAUAGAAUUCGCUGCGCCUGCGACUGUAUCCGAGCACGCCCUAUGUCUCGACGAAGACGGCUUCGUCAACGCCAUAAACACUAUAUUCGGUGAUCACAAGUUCUCAACGCACGCACAGAAACUGUUCCGUCUUCUUGACCCGUUCAGUAGCGGGCGGGUGUGGUGGCGGCAGCUCAUCAACCGCUUGGUAGCUGUGGGUGCGAAGAAGACAAGCUCCAGAGCUGAUGUAUGGAAACCAUUGAAGGGAGGGACGAUGAGAAGGCUGGAGCAUUGUAAGAGGGAAACCAUAGUGAAGUUAGUGAGUGUGGAGAAAGACGACUCGUUUUGCUACGUGGCCGUGUCGAAGGGAGGUCGAGUCGGCAUUUACAGUGGAGAACUGCGGCUGCUGGCUUCCUAUGAGGUAUUUUAUCACAGAACUGGAGUCCGUCGACGAGUAAAAAGCUCUUGGAUCACCGAUGCAAUUUAUUUGAGUGACGUGAAAUGCUUUAUUCUGUCGGCUUCGGACAGAAGUUUGACGGUAUACGAUGCUACCACGCUCACACAUACACCGAUAUUUUGUAUUACUGGCCUCCCAAAUAUACCAAUGUGCCUCGCCUUCACACCAAUGUCUUCAACUCGCAGUACAUCAGAAUUAGCUCUUGGUUCUGAACGCGGAGAUCUUUUAAGGAUAAGAUUUCUGCAACCGAGAAUAUCUUUAUUCUACAGCAAGACUCCGGAGAACAUCAACUAUUACUUCUGGAGCGAGUUAUCAUCACCUCCCCAUACGACAUAUUGCGCUAUCACCACAUGGCGUAACGUCCAUUCGCGAACCAUACGAAGAGUCGCUUACACGCGAGACGGGGAGAUAUUGCUGUCCUGCUCUCACGACUCUUUGGUCAGCGUCAGAUCUCGCAACGUGCCGGGGAAGUUGGAUGACUAUUUGUUUAGAGUUCAGAGGGGCGUUACCUGCUUCCACAUAAUAUCUCCCCUGCAUCUACUGGCUACAGGUAGUCCCGACGGCAUUGUUCGUCUAUGGGAAACCACACAGCAGACCCCGUUCGCUUUACUGGCAGCGCCUUCCACUCCCGCUAUACUUGACGUGGCUGUGCUGGCAGCUGACGAGAUAGUACUGGCGUACUGCAACAACUGCACUAUCCACAUCUGGGAUAUGUACGAAGAGUGCUUACUUCAAAGCAUCAAGUUGAAGUUUCCUUUCCUCGGUGUGCUUGGAAAAAGAGUGGAAUUUGGAACUUAUUGCAUCCAUCCUGGACCAGCAAGAAAGUCCCUGUCAGACGAUGAUUCGUUAUCCGAACCUCCGUUAGAAGUGUUCUCGCGUCGAGGGUCCAGCGUGUACCAGGGAUCUACGGGCGGGUUGAUAUUACAACCGGAGACCAAAGACGACUGGCAGUCGAGGAGCUUGGAACAAGAACCAGAAUACAUUCGCUUCAACCGCGGAGAACUACUGUUCACCUGCUGUGACUACAUCAGUGUCGUCAAACUCAGAGACGUGGAGCUGGGAGAACUGUUACCGCCACCUGGAGACACGCUGCGAGCCAGGAGACCUUCUAUAUGGGAGCUACCUGAGGAUAUGAUGAUGGCGCCUCUGUCGUCCCCCGCGUCACCCCGCUCCCCGCGCGCGCCGUCGCCGCGACUGCUGGCGCCAUCUACUGCAGAGUUCCCCACACACGAUCUGGACGCUUUGUUAACGAACGCCGGUCUUGAAGGAAUCCUGCAAAAAGACUUUGUUCUGAUGCAAGGACUAAAGCAAGACUUGAACAGGAAACUUGCUGACAUGAAAGCCGAUACAAGCGAUAUGAUAGCGGCUGUAAACUCCGGAGCACCGUACUUAGCUCUGAAGACUUUUGAGCCUGUGGCUAUGGACCCAGUGGACGAUAUGAUGGAAGAGUACAAACGAGUCAUGAAGUUAUUCCCGGGAUCAAGUGUAGCUGGUACUCCAACCGGUAGCCAAUCCUCAACUCUAAGGAGGAGUCCAAGAUUAUGA